UCCUCUUCCUGUGGGGCUGUUGGUGUGCUAACUUUGUCUCCCGGAACUCAGGCUAACAGACCACACCUUGCCUGACUGUUGUUCAAACCGCACAGCAGAAGAGUAGGUGGUGAUGGAAGACAGCAUGACUCUCACUCUCACUGUCCUGUUCAGCCUUGGGCUGAAUCUGGGCUACAAGAAAGCGGUACUGGCAGGGACUCUCUCUGUGCCCAUCAUCUGGGCUGAGCCAGAUUCUGUGGUGAAGUGGGGGACAACUCUGAGCAUCUGGUGCCAGGGAGACUUCGAGGCUCUGGAGUACCAUGUGGAGAAAGCAGGAAGCCUGUCACCCUUGUACAGACAGCAUUCACUGGAGCACAAGAACAAGGUCAAUUUCUCCAUCUCAUUCUUAUCGGACCGUCAUGGAGGGCGGUAUCGUUGUUACUAUCUGAGCCCUGCUGGCCAGUCAGAGCUCAGUAACCCUCUGGAGCUAGUGGUGACAGGAUUCUACAGAAAACCCACCCUCUCAGUCUUGCCGAGCUCUGCAGAAACCUCAGGAGGGAAUAUGACCGUUCAGUGUGGUUCCUCGCUGGGAUACGACAGGUUCAUUUUGACUCGGGAAGGAGAACACAAGCUAUCCAGGACAAUAAGUGCACAGAAUGCACCUAAAGGGCAGUUCCAGGCCCUGUUCGCUGUCGGUCCUGUGACGCUCAGCCGGAAAUGGACGUACAGAUGCUAUGGCAAUUACAAGAGCAAUCCAUAUGUGUGGUCAGAAUCCAGUGAUCCCUUGGACCUCCUAGUGUCAGAUUCACACGCCCAGGAUCACAGAGUGGAGAACCUCAUCCGGAUCACUUUGGCUACUUUGGUUCUGGUGACUCUUGGAAUUCUUGUGUGUCAUGCUUGCCACAUCCGGAAAAGGACAUGA